AUGCCACGCAAGAACGCUACCCUCUCUAAACGCCGCUCUAAGCCGAGCCUCAAAGUUGCUACGGGCCAAAACGGUCAUACAAACGGCAGCAUGAAUAAUAUUGAAAUGCGCAAGCGUGAUACUCCUUCCUCCGAAUCCUCCGCAGAACGAACCGCUCGCCUAAUGUCUUACGAGAACUUCUCUCUCGACGAUGAACCCCAAGUCGUCCCGCAAACCCCCGUCCAGACGACGACUAGCUUCCACAACCUACCCGCCAGCGAUCGCCGCAAUUUCCUCCUAUUAUGCGUCUUAUAUUUCUUACAAGGUGUACCAAUGGGCUUGGCCACAGGCUCGGUACCCUUUCUAUUAAAACCGUAUCUGUCAUAUGGCCAGAUCGGUAUCUUCUCCCUCGCCUCGUACCCAUACUCUCUGAAGCUGUUUUGGAGUCCUAUUGUUGAUGCCGUGUGGAGCACACGGUUUGGUCGCCGUAAAAGCUGGAUUACUCCAGUUCAAGUCAUUGCGGGUCUGGCUAUGAUUUACCUCGGUGGACAUAUUGAGGAUAUGAUGGCCCAGGCUGGCGCCAAUGGUGGUGCGGGUGUCUGGAAGUUCACAUAUUGGUGGUUCAUGCUGGUUCUCUUCUGCGCCACGCAAGACAUUGCGGUCGAUGGUUGGGCAAUUAGCCUCAUGUCACCUCCUAACAUAUCCUAUGCCUCUACGGCCCAGACUGUUGGCUUAACAGCUGGUCACUUCUUAUCCUACACCGUGUUCCUGGCUUUCAACUCCAAGGACUUUGCGAACCGUUGGUUCCGCGCUGUCCCCGCCGAAGGUGGUCUCUUGUCUCUUGGUACCUAUUUGAGUUUCUGGGGCUGGACAUACCUCAUUGUUACCGUGUGUUUAGCUUUCCUGAAGAAAGAAGAACGCACCAAGGAGCGUGAUAGCAUCCUUGAUGUCUACAAGAGCAUGUGGAGCGUCUUGAAGCUCAAGAACAUUCAAACUAUCAUCCUCAUUCAUUUAAUUGCCAAGAUUGGCUUCCAGGCCAACGACGGCGUCACCAGCUUAAAACUUUUGGACAAGGGCUUUGGCCAAGAUAACAUGGCAUUGGUCGUUUUGAUCGAUUUCCCCUUCGAGAUCAUGCUAGGCUACUAUGCCGGCAAAUGGUCCACUGAAUAUGGAGCCAUGCGACUUUGGGGCUGGGCUUUCGUUGGUCGCUUGGCCGCCGCAGCCUUUGCCCAAUUUACAGUCAUGAUUUAUCCUAGCGGAUCAGAGGUUCCCUUCUGGUAUCUAAUGACAAUCAUCCUCGAGCAUGUCGUGUCAACUUUCAUGAACACAGUCAUGUUCGUUGCCAUUUCUGCUUUCCACGCACGUAUUGCAGACCCAGCCAUUGGCGGAACAUACAUGACCCUCCUUGCAACCGUCUGCAAUUUGGGCGGAACAUUCCCUCGCAUCUUUGUGCUCAAAUUAGUGGACUUCUUUACGAAAGCUACUUGCCUUCCACCCACUACUGCCCCGCCCUCCGAUACACUGAAAGGUGAUCUGAUUACAGCCGCAUUUUCCUGUGCCCUCGAGCCAGAGAAGAACCGAUGUGUCAAUGGUGGUGGCACUUGUGUUGUUGAACGUGAUGGAUACUACCUCACCAACAUUAUCUGUGUACUCAUCGGCACUGUCACAUUUGUGUGGUUUAUUAGACCUGCUGCUACGAAGCUUCAGAGUUUACCACUGCGUGCUUGGCGAUUGACUUCAGGUGCAGGUUCGCGCGAGUGA